CUCACAAAUCUGUCAGUUACUGAAAAAGAAAAGAAAAUUUCCGUCGAGUUACAACACUUCGAAGCACUCAACAAUAACGAUCGCUAAACGAAACUACUAAAUCUCAGACAUGAAUGGCGAGCACAAAAAUGAAAAUCUAUAAAUGCCAAAGGUAUUUGCACUCUAAGGUCCGUAAACCAAAAGAAGAUUCGUCACGUACUUACCUGAAAGCUGUCGAAUAUGUAAAAUAUAUCGAUCAAAAAGAAGAGUCGAAAGGCACCGGCGAUCAUCCGACUUCUAUCUUGAAGAGUAUAUUUUCCAAUGAAAUUUUUCACAAUGAAGAGUCUUAUACUUUAAAAAGAGAACCAAACGAAGGGAUAGGCGAUGUCGACACAAAGAAUAUGUACGAUUUUGACGGUGCGAUUCACAAAUUAGAAAAUUAUAAAGUCAGUAUGAGUAAAAAAAGUCCCCAAAAAUCCGAGAAAGGCUUAAAAACUGUGACAAUUGAUUCGGAUGGGCCCUUCGAAUGUUCCGGCACAACUAAUCUUUGUAUGAACAUGGAAGACGGGGACAAGGAUAACGCUAAAUGUGUAAAGAAACACAGAAAUAUUUAUGUGAAGAAGGAUGAAAGUGAUUCACAUCCAAAUUCCCCUGCUAAAAUAGUAUGUGCAAAGAACACUUGCACAUCCGAUUCCAAUUGCAAAUCGAAAAAAUUUCACAAAGAAAAAAUCUUUAAAACCAAGAAAGAAAUGUCACCAUUCACCGGAAUACACAGGGAAUCGAGAGUUCUACUGUCUCCACUUACUUCUGAUAAGGAACAAGAAGGCAGGAAGAUUUCUUCGUCGCACUGUGUAAACAUUGCUCAUAAGGGGACCCAAAAAAGAACAACAGAAACAAGGCACAUUUGGAGGUGCUUCAGAAAUUGGAUGAAGAGAGAAUCUCCCAGAAGUGAACAUAAGGGAAAUGAGGAAUAUUGCUUUUUCGUUAACACGAUAAGGAGAAAGAUAAAAAAAUAUUUUUAAUUGUGAGAAUUUGUUAAAAUUAACUUCUGAGAUAUUAAGUCUCUAUAACAUUAAAAAAAAAAAACGAAUUCACCGAGAAGAAAGUUUAAAAGAUUACAGGUACCUGUACAUUAAAAUCCCCCCAAAAUUUGGCACAUCUCUUUACAAUUUUUACCUCGCAGAACAUCUGAAAUUUUCUAUUUUGUGUGUUUCAAGUUUCUUAUUUGUUAGUUUGGGAGUAACAAUUAUUUUUGCAUAAAAAUUUAUUAUAAAAAUUAAUAAUAAAUUAUUUUCGAGAAAUUAA